AUGACGAGUGAGGAGAGCGACUCGUUUGCCAUCCAGAAAGUAGAGGACUUCACGCCCGAGGGUUUUCGAUGGGUAUCUCUGAAGCUCAUCUCAUACGUAGACCCCACCGGGCGGCAUCGCAAGUGGGAGAUGGUGUCCCGCAGCACCCGCGCCGGCGACUGCGACGGCGUCGCCGUCUUCGCCAGGUUCCGGCACCCUGCGUCCACCAGCGCAGGCACCCUGGUGCUCAUUUCGCAGUACCGCCCGCCCCUCCGCCAGGUCUGUUUGGAGCUUCCCGCGGGCCUUGUGGACGCCAACGAGAGCGCGGAGGACGCCGGGCUGCGCGAGCUGCGCGAGGAGACGGGGUACGUUGCGCACGCGAGCGACACCGUCGCCGCGAGCCCCGUCACGCCGAACGACCCGGGUCUGACUGACGCCAACAUGCGGCUCGUGGUGGCCGACCUCGACGCGCGGUCGGACGCGAACCAGCGGCCGCGGGCGUCGCCUGACGAGGGCGAGUUCAUCACGGUGCACCGGCUCGACCUCCCGGACGGCGUGGGCGGCGGCACGCUGUGCGAUCGGAUUGACGCUCUCGCGGCGAGGCUCGGGGCGGUUGUAGAUGCGAGGCUGUACGCGCUGGCGACGGGGUACGACUUGGGCGCGGCGGAUGCGCGGAGGGCGGCGGGGCCGGGGAGCUUCGGGGCGCUGGCGGCGUCGUGCGUCGUGGGGGCGCUGGCGGGGGGGGUGCUCGCGGGGCUGGUCAUUGCGGCCCGACCACGCGUGUGA